AUGGUAUUCAAAGUAGCAACAGGAGGGCCUGGAAAUGUUUAUGACCUCUACACUGGCGAUAGUGUUUUGAAUGUUGACAACGCACAAGCACAGUCUUUAACGCAUCCAAUCCAAGAACAUUUCAAAUCGGACAUCGUGAAUAAAUGGACCUCAGUUGGAAUUGAUCAGGUUCGAUUGGCCAUUCACAAAAAUAGUACAGAGGUUGCAUUCUUCCUAUUUGACGGAAAGGAAAGUAACAAGACUGACUGGUUUCUCAAAGAACGGCUACAGAAUUCAAGUUAUACAGAUUUGCAGAAUUCGUCAAGCAAUAUACCAACAAAUGUCUUCUCAAUUUAUGGAAUUCAAGGAUUUCUGAACAUUUAUAGAAGUUUUUACAUAAACUCAGUUUGGGGUGGAUGUGCAAGUGAUGCAGGCUGGUUA